UAAAUAUAUUUUUAACAAUUUAAAAAAAAAUUGCUAUAAAAACAUUGAUAUUUUCACACAAAACAAAUGCAAAUCGAUAACGUAAUAGUUCUUAUAAUAAAUGCGCAGCAAAAGAAAAAUUUAGAAAUGCCUUCACACAAAAGGCAGAUGAUCUAAAAGAAGCAAAACGUUUGAAAAGUGUUCAGAAGGAAAUAUAUGUAACAAAUUAUGAUGGGUUGUUGAUUGUUGUUGUAUAUAGAAAAAUAUUGAAAUAAAACAGUUGCAAUAUGUCACGUUGGGGCAAAAACAUUGUGGUGCCUUUGGAUUCGACCAAAGAAAACACAAAUCGUCCGACAGUAUCGCGGUCUUUAGGUACGGUCGGUAAAUGGGGUAAAAUGGGAUUUACUUCGACGCGAACAUAUACUAUGUCAGCCUUACCGGCUGCUGUAGCAGCUGCUGCGGCGGCCGUGGCCGCCGCCAGCCCCCAAGAAAGUCCGGCCUCGCACAAAGAAGACGAUUUGUCCACUUCUGUACCAGAACCUCCAAAGCCAAGGAAAUUUUUUAAAUCACGCAAUACAACACCACCAGAAGUUAUAGCCCAAAUUAUACAGCACCUACCGAGACAGUCAGCAUCACCUGCACGAGAAACAACUUCUUCUUACACAACCGCACCAUCAAUUUUAAGUACUCCAGUUAAAGAUCCCACAAAAGUGAAAACAUCUAAAAGCAUCUCCUCAGAACGGAAGAAAAAGUCUCCUAAGAAGUUCAAAUUUAAAAGCGUGGAACUAUCUGAUGAGGCCAAUGAGCACAAAGAAGCGAAAGCUCCCGGUGAGACUAAAUUACCGAAAAAGAAAAAAACUGAAAAGGAGCUUAAACCCGAAGCACCACCCUCACGUAUAUUAUCACGAGCUCGUAAAACAGUAAAUUAUUGUGAGGAUGACGAAGAAGAUCGUCUACCGACUCCCAUUAAGGAUAUUAUACUUCCUAAACAAAAGAAACCGGAUAAAGUAGUGAACGUUCAGGAGACACCUCCGCCCACUCCAGCCCAUAAAUUAGAUGAUGUAUAUGCCGCCUGUGAUACACCUGAACCGGUCUUGCCUCCACCGGCUGCACCACAAACUCCAACUGUAGUUAACAAUAUCGCAUCUAAAACACCUGAACAUCCUCCCAUUGUGUUAAGAAUUUCAAAGGGUACAUCACGUUUAGUGAGUACUGAUAGUGAAGAACCUGUUGCUUCCACAACACCACCUUUACAACACUCAGAUGCUCUUCUUUUAGAAACACCAUCAGAAAAUGCAACAAGAUCUCGACAGGCACCUGGCGACGAAGUGAUUAGUAAUACCAUCACACCUAAAAUCAUUGUAAAACCUCCCAGGCCACCAUCACCCUUAACAUCGUCUCGGGAAGAAGAACCCCCUGAAAUUAAUUAUUGUACAGUGAAAAUUUCGCCCGACAAACCGCCCAAAGAGCGUCUAAAGUUGAUUAUUAAGACCGAUGUCAUUCGGAACGCACUCGCAGCAGCUGCAGCAGCGGAAGCAGCGAAAUCGGUUGGAGUCACCGAAAAAGCAAUUCAAGCAGACACUGCAUCUUCUGGUAAUGAAGGCUGCCCAGCCACGGAUCGGCCUGAAAAGGAGAAAUCUAAAAAAAAUAAAAAACAUAAACAUUUGAAACAUUUAGUUGUAGAACAGCUACCUAGCACGCAGAAAAGAAACUUAGCUGAAUUUAAGACCCCUUCUCCACAUUUAGCAUUAGGAAGUAGUAGUAUACAUGAUAACCAUCCGAAUCCGACAGCAGCUUCGGCGCGCACUGUUAUUUCACCUCCUGCUUUAUCUGAAAGAGAUUUCGACUCACAGUCGUCAGUAUUGGGUAGCAUUUCAUCUAAAGGUAAUAGCACCCCUCAAGGAUUAGCGCCACAGCCAGAGGAGAGUUGUGUUUUGCACAGCAGAGGCUCCAGUGUGAUAACCAGUGACCUUGAAACAAGCCAGCAUUCAUCACUAGUUGCACCUCCAUCAGAUAUUGAGUUGCGAUUGGAAUCAAUGAUGAUGGACGGUGAGGCAAGUCAGCAACAACGCACUACUAACAAUUACGUAGAAGCGGAGCCAUUACAAGAAGAUAUUUUAGCGGUUUUAAGAGGUGACGAAAGUGCAAUGGAUAUCGAGCAAGAGAAAAUAAAGGAAAACGGUCAAGAUUCCAAAUUAUCAAAUCAAAUUCAGGAAGACAACAUGAUGCAUUCUACUGUUGUAGGUCGUAGAAUAACCCGCGGUAAAGCCAAGAGUAACUAUGCUGAACAAGAAACAGACGAUUCUCAAGCGGUCAAAGUGCGAAACAAAAAAUCAACUCCAAUCACUCAAUCGGGAGACGAGAUUUCUAUCCAGAAACGUUUAACAAGAAGAGGUAAAAAACUAGAUGAAUCUAAUUCUGUAUUAAUAACAAUGGAAACCAGUGAAGAAUUGCCUACAAAUAGCGAUGAAAUAAAUUCAGAUAAAUCUUAUCAAGAAAGGGAUCCAAUCCCCGCGUUGGUUGUUAGAAGAGGUAGAUCGUCUCGAAAUACCAACAAUAAUAAUUUAACCAAUAACACUAACAAUAUCAAUAAGAUCGCUGCCAGUUUAUCAGCUAAGGCGGGAGCGGCCGAAUUACAAAAGGUCUCAAAUCCAGAUAGCAUCACUACACCCUCCAUUCAGCGAAGUUACGGAAGAAAGCGUAAAAAUCAACAGGUUACGCAGGUUUUGCAGCCUUCAGCUGAAGAAUUGGAAGAUAUUCACAGCUUAACGCCUGCCAAAUUGGCCAAUCUUGAUUUACCUACGACGGAGUCUACGGAUCUUAUAACAAAUCCACUGCAUACUAUUAAUGAAAAUUAUCUUUCAGCUUCAGUGGAAUUGCAUGAAACGAACUCAAUGGAUUCCAGCUCUCUACAAAGACCUUCCAGUGGUAGUGAAACACCGAUAUCACCAUUCCGCCAUGACUACAAAAUCAAAGAUAAAUUCAAGCGCACUCUUACUCUUGACAAUCAGGUCAAUAAUGCUGUUGUUGCUAAGCAGACGGCGCCUAAUAACACGUUACCGAGUGGUACUCAAAAUCAAACGGGUGCCGAACCUGCUGUCAAAUUGGUUAUUUCCAAAAAGAAAGGUAGCAUUUUUAAAAGUCGCGUGCCUUCCGAACAAACAGAACAAACAAAUAGUAAACGACAUCUGUAUAAGCACAGAUGGGAUGCUACUGCUAAUGGGGACACUGGCAGCGAUAGCAAUACUACACCAGCACAAAUUCCAGAUAAUAAAUCGGGCAGUGCCACCGUCGAUGCCAUUUUUAACGACUUCACAAGUGACGAUACUCGUAGUAGUCCAUUACUGGCGUCCAAAUUAACUCGAAUAAUUAAACAAAAUCCUCAAGUGAUUCCACACGGCUCUGAUAUGAAUGAAGCGGUAACUGCAACAGAUUCAGCGCGUGGCGACCGAAAAACAAAAGAUUUAUACACAGUAGUUCAUAAUGUGAAAACAGCUCACCAAAUCCAAGAAAUUGGUGAAUAUCAGGAAAUGGAUGACGACGUUGAAUACAUUUUGGAUGCCUUGCAAUCACAAAAUCCAAUGCCCACUAGAUGCCUUUCAGCAUUACAAUUGGCUACCAAAUGCAUGGUACCUGCCUUCCGGAUGCACGUACGUGCCCAUGGUGUCGUUUCGAAAUUCUUUAAAGCUCUUUCCGAUGCAAAUCAUGAUCUAAGUCUAGGUCUCUGCACCUCUGCUAUUAUGUACAUAUUAUCGCAAGAAGGUCUCAAUAUGGAUUUAGAUAGAGACUCUUUAGAACUUAUGAUGAACUUAUUAGAAUCUGAACAGAGUGCAGCCGCUCCAGCAGAUCAUGCUAAUUAUGAAAGAAAUAAGCAAAAGGUGCGGGAGCUUUGUGAAGAAAUCAAGGCGCAAGGAAAAGCUACUCAUUUAAAUGUUGAAUCCAUUACAGUUGGUACCCUCGCGAUGGAAACGUUAUUAUCGCUUACUUCUAAAAGAGCCGGAGAAUGGUUUAAAGAAGAAUUACGCGAAUUGGGCGGUUUAGAACACAUUAUAAAGACAAUUAACGAUUGUUGUAGACCAGCAGUAGACAACGAUCAUAGCAGCGCCGGUAUCAGUUGGACGCGACCGUUAUUGGAUAAUAUGCAAACAGUGGAACGAUGCCUACGUGUUCUUGAAAAUGUUACGCAGAUGAAUGAGGAAAACCAGCGCUAUAUAUUAACUUAUGCGCAGGGUCACGCUAUUAACACCCUAUGUUCUUUGUACUCGCUCUGUGAUCGUGAAUUGACAUUAUAUCCUACUUCAGAAACCACCUCCCGCGACAAUCCCGGCAUUGUUAUGCGCGAACUGCUGAUACCUUUGAUGAAAGUCUUAAUCAAUCUAACGCAUCCAUUUAAUGCUUCGAAUGCCAUGGGUGCUGAUUUGAUAGGUCAACGUAACGAAGUCAUCGAUACAAGUUUCCAUUUGCUUUUGCAAGCACCAAACUACAUUCCUGAUCGUUGUGUAUUUGAGUUAAGCAUAUUGGCUUUGCUGUUGCUUAUCAAUCUCACCAUGUAUACAUUACCAAAUCGUGAGCGAAUCAUGCAAUCCAAUGCGCCCACCGAGUUUAGCCUAAAUCAUGAUAAUUCACCGAAAAGUGAAACAGCCAUUUCAGCUAUAAUGUCGUACUUUUACAAGUGCGAAGAAUUGGCGAGGUUGGUGGAGAAGAAUACAGAUGCUUUAUUGGAUAAUCAAGACAAAAACAAGAAGAAACAAGAGGAGGUUGAUGAAACUGUUAAUAAUUUGUUGCAAAAGGCUGGCCAUCAUAUGGAACAUUCACUAAAAGGCAGUUACACAGCAAUUCUAAUUGGCCAUUUAAUAGCAGACAAUGAACGCUUCGAAGAUACAGUGCGAAAGCAUUUGCAUGGCAACGGCUUUAAAGAAAUAAUCAGUGUAUUAGAGAAAUAUUAUAAUUUUAUGGAUUUAGCUGCGAGUUCAGAAGCUUCGGUAGUGGCUCAUAUCAAAUCCACCAAAAAACUUUUAGAUUACUUUAAAAAACGCGACUUGAUUCAUGAGAUGAAUAUUAAUAAUAAAUCUCCCGUAAGUUUGGAGAAACAUGAGAAUGAUAACGACUUGAAUACCAACUCUAGCAGUACUCCAGCAACAGUGCAACGUGUUUACAAGACGUACAGUCAAAGAUAAUUAAACAUAUUAAAUUAAAUUAAAAGUAAAAUAUUUUAAUCGUUAUUUGACUUUAUUACCAUUAUUUUUUAAUUUUAUCAUUUUUUUUUUUUUUUUUAACAUUAUUUCUUAAAGCAAUUUUAAAGCGCAGAGGUUGAAACGAAAAGAUAAAAACAUAAAUUUUAUGAGUUGGCUUCUUUUUAAAAUUUAUCCUUGGAGAACUAAUAGUCGAACAAAUAGCCUAAAUGCUAAAACAAAUAUUGUAAAUAUUCGUUUUCAUUCGAAUAUUAAUUUUUUGUUAAUUAUACGAAAAUCUUUCUCUCACUCAAUCUUGACUUAUCCCCAAUAAGCGUUCAUGGCAAAUAUCUAUAUUUAUUUUUUAAUCUUUAUCAAUGGUUUCAAAAUUUUCUCGACAGACGGACGGAGUGAAAGUCUCGCACUGAUUGUUAAGCGUGUAUUUGCCUCACACAAAUUCCCGUCACCCAUACUUAUAGAGGUUAUUAUCUCUCACUUGUGAGGUGGUGGGCAAAAGAAAAAUACCUCUGGAACCGUGGAAUUGCGAAAUUGCCCGACAAUUGAGUUUUACAGAUAGUUUAAUGGGGUAUUUUUUUUUUUUUUUUUCUUUUCGUUUUAAUGCAACUAAUAUGAAUGUAAUAUUAUAUCGUUUUUAAAUGAUAAUUUAAUUUUUUCUAUUGUCUUCUAAUUUUAACGAGAUUGUAUAAAACUAAACUAAAUAGAGCUGCUUUUAUAAAAAUGUAAAAGAGAUAACACUUCCACACGUACACAUAAGUUUGCAUAUUGCGAAUCCAAAGGGAAGCUCUUUCCAUGCUUUCCAAAUGUAUUUUUUUUCUUGUUUUAUUUUAUUUUUUUAUUUUUUUUUUUGUUCUGGCAAGUGAAUAUCUUAGAUUUUAAGCACAAAUUAGAAAUUUAAUGUCAUGUAAUAACACGGCUUGUACAUAUAUAUACACUUCCAAUUAGUAUCCCCUAAUUUCGGACAUAUAAUCCUUAACUUUAAUGUAUGCGCUGUUUGUAAGUCCGUUUUGUAACUAUCUGUAUGUACGUUUAGCUAAGUAUUUAAUAAACUUUACACACAGAUGAAUAAUUUCUUUUAAUUUUUCUCUCAUUGUUGUU